AUGGCACACCCAGGAAGACCCAGGGGCCGCAUGAACAAGAAAACGCAGCAAGCUCAAGCCACGGCACAAGCACAGGCUGCGGCCCAGGCCCAGGCUCAAGCAGCAGCUCGUUCUCAAGCAGCAGCCCAGGCUCAUGCUGCGGCUCAAAGUAGGAUAAAGGAAGAACCAGGAGUUCAACUACAUGAUGAAGCCGACUUGAUAUCGUUCCGAGCUGAUGCCCUCAACAGAUACAUCACCAACCACGAGUAUAUUGAGAAUGCCACCUCGAAAAUGGUCCAUACCUCUAAAAUAAUUCCUCCUCGGUUAUACCCACAACUUCCUAAGCGUGACGUGCUGGACAUUGCCGACUUGAAACCAGAAGAUAUUGUUUUUGGAGACUUGCAAAUGAUGAAGUUGAAACAGAAACAAUUACAGAGAGAAAUUCUCGACUUGAAACAGGACACCAAUGUCUAUUAUGCCAAAUACGUUCCUAAUGAUUCCAAGUAUAACUUCCAUUCUAACGCUGUUGACAAGUUGUCUGAGUUGCAAUCCAAGAUGUACAACCAGGAGUCACUCCAGGACUUGGAGAACGAAGUGGACAAGUUGCUGCUGGAAUACAAAGAGCAGUUUAAUCAGACGUUGCACUCCGUACCAGCUGUGAAGAACUACUCUGUGCCUGUAACCAGUAUAGAUCGCCUGAUCCAAGUCACACAUGCACCACCCAACUACAACCCCAAGCUGAUUACAUCUUUCAUCAACAUCAAUAGCGGUACUGCCAACAGUGCGGGCACUGGAAUUGAUGUUAUUGCUGCUAGCAUCAAAGCACAAGUUCCUACUAACGGGUCGGGAUUGAACGGUGGUGGGUCAGAAUUGAUGGUUGGGUCCAUCGGGGAAUCUGUAGCCAACCUAGGACCACAAGGUGCUUUGGACACGGGAAACUUCAAUGGGAAUAUGUACUUGAACCAGUUUGAAAAUGGUAGCAGUAAUAACGACUACGAGAACAAUGGCAACAUGGCCAGUGGCUUCACGAUGGCGAUGGUGAAUAUCGACAGCAUAGACAAUGGCACUAACAAUAGUAGUGAAGGUGUAAUUGACAGUAAUAAUAGAGGAUCGAAUAUCAAUUCUGUGGCUGAUAUUCAAAGUGGUGCAGAUUCCAUACAUAGUGGAGCUGGUAUGGGUAACGAUCAGAAUGAUGAUAUGGUUGAUGACGAUAUGAAUGCUUUCCUUCAGGACAAUGAUGGAGAUCUAGAUCCCAACCUGGCUAUUGUAAAUGACGAUAUGGGAGGCUUGAUUAAUUUUGAAGAGGACGGAGACGAUGGAUUAAUGGGAGGCUCUGCGUUUGACCAGGACUUCUUGAGUCAAAUCGACCAUAGCAUGGAGUAG